AAACCGGACGAUGAAGGUGGCGGUGGCCGGCUGCUGCCAUGGCGCGCUGGACAAGAUGUACGAGACCCUCCAGUGGCUGCAGCAGCGCCACGGCCAGGCGCUGCCGGACUUGCUGCUCUGCGCCGGAGACUUCCAGGCCGUCCGCAACUCGGCGGAUCUGCGCUGCAUGGCGGUGCCUGCCAAAUACCGGGUCUUGGGAGGCUUCGCGCGGUAUUAUUCUGGAGAGAAGAAGGCUCCUGUCCUGACAAUAUUCAUUGGGGGCAACCAUGAAGCUUCAAAUCACUUGCAAGAGCUGCCGUAUGGUGGUUGGGUGGCACCAAACAUCUACUACCUUGGUUAUGCAGGAGUUGUAAAAUACCGCGGGGUGAGAAUUGGUGGACUCUCUGGCAUCUACAAAUCUCAUGAUUACAGGAAAGGCCACUUUGAGUGUCCACCAUACAACCAGCAAACGAUAAGGAGCGUCUACCAUGUACGGAACAUCGAAGUCUUCAAACUGAAGCAGUUAAAACAGCCAAUGGACAUAUUUCUCUCACACGACUGGCCAAGAAGUAUCUAUCACUAUGGAAACAAGAAAUUGCUGCUGAAAAAGAAGGCCUUCUUCCGCUCAGAGGUGGAAAGCAACACCUUGGGCAGCCCCGCUGCUUCAGAGCUUCUGGAACACUUGAAACCCGCAUACUGGUUUGCGGCCCACCUGCACGUGAAGUUUGCAGCUUUAAUGCAGCACCAGGCUAAUGGCACCGGGGGGCAGCCAAAAGCAACAAAAUUUCUGGCCUUGGAUAAAUGCUUGCCACAUAGAGACUUUCUACAGAUUGUAGAAAUUGCACAUGACCCCAAUGCAUCCGAUUGUCUGGAAUAUGACCCCGAAUGGAUUGCUGUUCUGAGAGCUACUAACAGUCUCAUUAAUGUCUCUCCAAAUUGCUGGAAUAUGCCUGAAAACAAUGGACUCCAUGCAAGAUGGGACUACAGUGUCACAGAAGAAGACCUCAAGGAGCUGCUGGAAGAGGUGAACCACAACCUGCAGAUUCCACAUAACUUCAGUCCUACGGUUUCUCCUGAUGACACAAAUAAGUCCCAGCAACACAGGGAACCGGUCCAUAGAAUCAGUCCCCAGACCACUGAGUUCUGUGCCCGGUUUGGCCUUAUGGACAUUAAUUCUAGAAUCCAACAAGUAAGAGAAGAGAAACUGGAACGUAGAGAGGAGGAAGAGGAGGAAGAGGAAGAGGUAGAAAGCACUGGAUCUGCAGAGGAGCCCAGUGAUUAUAACACGGACGUUUCCAGUUUGCCAUCUUUUGUCAAUCCGGACGAAAUAAUCCUAGACGAAGACAGUGCUGAUGAAGACCUGGAGCUCUCCUCUGUGAGCACAGUGUCCAACCUCCAUAGCAGCGUCUCCGCAACGUUUUCGGAUGUUAGGGUCAUGCCAGAUUCUAUGACUGUGUCACCGAAUGAUACUGUGGACACUGCAGAUGCUGAACUGGAAAAAUCAAGUGAUGGGAACCAGGCUGAAGAGCAGAGCACUAGCGAGAAGCCUUUGAAGCGGAUAAGUGAUGAAAGCAGAGUAGAUAGCGGCCCAAAGAAAAUUAAAAGGCGGAAUCAGGCCAUUUAUGCUUCCCCAGAUGAUGAUGCAGUGGAAUGACAUCCUCACAGAGCGGGGCAGAGUCUUUUACAGCUUAUGCCUACCUAACUUUCGGUGGUUUGGGAAGAUUUUGCAGCACUAUAUAGUUCUGAUAUUUUCAUUGUAACAAAACCUAUUCUUUUGUAUAUCAACUUUUAUAGUACAGCAAAUAUUUUAUGGAGCACAAAUAUUGAUUUGGAAGCGGAUGCAGAAUCUGUUGCUUUUUUAUAGCUGCAUUUCUGACAAGGCGAUAAUCUUUUAUAUUUUAAUGCACUUUGGGAUAGGGAUUUUUUGGAGCCGUUUCAAAAUGUUUCCACUUCAUUGACACUCAUGUUCUCUGCGCUCCCUGCAACUUAACCAAACUCAGCUUGAAUCUCACAUUUGGUGCACUCUGCCUGGUCAAGCUCACAGUUUCUUAUGUGGUCCUUCUCCCUUCUAUGGCCCUUUACUGUUGGUGGUGACUGGCUUGUGCCAGGAGGAAGCAACCAAGGGCUCUCCAGAUGUUCGGGUUGCGAAUUCCCUAAGUCCUGGCCUGCACAGCCAAUGAUUAGGGAUUAUGGAUGUUGUUCCAAAACACUUGGAACAGGUAGCUGCUACUCAGAGCUUAAUGCCAUGUUCGCUUUAGGAACUGAUGUAGGGAAAUUCAAGCUGCUAAACCACACUUGAGUGUGCGUUAAAAAGAAUACUCACUGCAGGAAACGGGAAGUCAAAUUGUGAGGUGAACUAGUCAGAAGUGAAUCUUGAGUUUCUUGAAUGCCGUAAUCUUUGCAAAAUGCCUGUGUCUGUAAAUAAAUGUAUCUUUAAAAAAAACA